AUGGGCGCCAUGUCAAUGCUUGUCUUGCUGCUCACGCACCCCCUUGAGUUCCGCACGCUCAUCCAGUACAAGCUCUGGCACGAAAGCAAUCGCGACAUCACAGCACCGAGCGAGCAUGCACACUCAGGAUGGAAUCGUGUGCCCAUGCGAAGAUGCUGGGAAUUCCUGGACCUGACGAGCAGGAGCUUUGCGGGCGUCAUCAGGGAGUUAGACGGCGACUUGGCAAGAGUGAUCUGCUUGUUCUACCUGGUACUGCGGGCAUUGGACACAAUCGAAGAUGACAUGACCCUAUCAGACGACAAAAAGCAGCCACUGCUGCGCGCCUUCCACGAGUACGCGGUCAAGCCAGGCUGGACGUUCACCGAGAACGGCCCGGAUGAAAAGGACCGGCAGCUGCUCGUCGAGUACGACGUCGUCGCAGAGGAAAUAAACCUCCUGGAUGCGCGAUAUCGCGACGUCAUCAUCGACAUCACGCUGAAGAUGGAGACCGGGAUGGCGGACUACGCGCACCGCGCGGCGACGACAGGCGAGGUGUACGUCGAGAAGAGCGCCGAGUACGACCUCUACUGCCACUACGUCGCGGGGCUCGUCGGCGAGGGCCUCACGCGCAUAUGGGCCGCGUCGGGCAAGGAGGCGCCGUGGCUCGGCACGCAGCUCGCGCUCGCGAACUCGAUGGGCCUCAUGCUGCAGAAGACCAACAUCAUCCGCGACUACCGCGAGGACAUCGAGCAGCGCCGCUUCUUCUGGCCGCGCGAGAUCUGGGGCCGCGCGGUGUACGGCAAGGCCGUCGGGCGCCCCGCGUUCACCGCGAUGGAGCAGAUGUGCCAGCCCGGCAACGAGCAGCAGGCGCUGUGGGUGCAGAGCGCGAUGGUCGUCGACGUGCUCUCGCACGCCGUCGACGCGCUCGACUACCUCCGCCUGCUCAAGCAGCAGAGCGUGUUCAACUUCUGCGCGAUCCCGCAGACUAUGGCGAUCGCGACGCUCUGUCUGUGCUUCAUGAACUACGAGAUGUUCCAGCGGAACAUCAAGAUCCGCAAGGCGGAGGCUGCUUCGCUGAUCAUGCGGUCAACGAACCCGCGGGACGUGGCCUACAUCUUCCGCGACUACGCGCGAAAAAUCCACAGCAAGGCCGUGCCAGGGGACCCGAGCUUCCUGCAGAUCUCUGUGGCGUGUGGAAAGAUUGAGCAGUGGUGCGAGCACUACUACCCAUCGUUCGUCAGUGUAUCAAAAUCGGCGUCGGGCAACGCGCAGCAAGUGUUCGAUCCCACAGACGCGCGAACGCAGAUCGUCCAGCUCGCGGAGAAGCGGGAUCGCCAGCUCGCUAUCGAGAAGCGAAUGGGCAACGGGGCCGCCAAGGAGGCCGCUCGGCCACUCGGCGAGUCUUCAAGCGACACUCGGGAGAUCCUGCUCUACGUGGGCGCCGCAUUCGUCAUUGUUUUCUUGAUCGGGAUCGGCGCGGCGUGGCUGCUCAUGCAGUUCUUCGAGUAG